UCGGGUCAGACAGUUGGGCGCGGCCGGCGGUGGAGCUGCGUUUUGGUGACGUGUGUCACCUAGACUGACCUGGACGACCCCAUGGUGGCUACUUGACAGCAACAUUUCCCGGAUCAAGCAAACGAGAUGGUCAAAUACCUGACGUCGUUUGCACAAAAGCACGGCCUGCUUCGUGAAGAAUGUAUCUCCAACUGCCCGUUGGUGAUUGAUGGCAUUGACCUCAUGGUAUCACUUGAGGAUAGGAAUUAUGAUGAAACAGCAGGAGGAGGCAUCUACCAAGAUUAUGCCAGGAACAUAAAAACGUUCUUCUGCGAUUUGCAAAGAUCCGGAAUUUCUCCUGUUGUGCUGCUUCAUGACGAGCUACCCGUCAGACUGGGCAUAUCACGGGUGUCCGUGGAAUUCGACUCGGAGUUCAUACAGGACUCAUACAAGGACCACGGCGUUCGACUUACUGAGGCUCUAACCAGUCAGCUGCUUUACAAGAACAUAUUUUUGCAGGUACUUCGGCGACUGGAGAUACCACACAUCGUCUGCUUGAAUGAUGCCACCGCCGAGUUCACUGCGCUGGCCCGAAAACUGGACUGUCCAAUCAUGGGAAUUCAGAAUAAGUACCUGACCCAGAACAUAGUCGCUGUCAAGGUACCCCGGAAAAGGGCCACGCUGCAGCUUCGCCACCCGCCGCCGGGACAGAAGGGGUUCUACAUGCCCUGUGAGGUGUUCCAUCCGGAAAGGUUCCUGAAGAAGUUCGACAUCUCCGUCGAGAUGCUGCCUCUCGUGUCGACGAUCCCGGGCACCGGUCCACAUCCGCCAGCCCUGUUCGACGCGUUCUUCGAGAAGCUUGAGGAGCAGUACCACUCUGUGGAGCAGAAGCAAUUCCGACGACUGGACCUGCUGAUGCGGUGGCUCUCCGACCAGGAUUCCAUUGAAACUGCCCUGAAAGAGGUGCUCUGCAGCUGCCAAAUUUCCGAGCAGAAAAAGUGGGACAUCGAAGACCAAAUUCACCGAAUCGUCAGCUGCCAAGAAAAAAGCAGUCUCGAGUUUCUCAGGGACGCCAGGACCAUGAUGCUGCCCAAAGGGAUGGUGCUGUGCGACAUAGCUGCUCCCGUGGCUCCUUCGGUCCUACCUGGCUACACUCCAAGUUCAGCCCCCACUGACCCCACUCCAGUCCCCACUGGCCCCACUUCAGCCCCCACUGACCCCACUCCAGCCCCCACUGACCCCACUCCAGCCCCCAUUGGCCCCACUCCAGCCCCCACUGACCCCACUCCAGUCCCCUCCGACUUCAGCUCCACUCCAGCCCCCACUGUCCCCACUGGCCCCACUUCAGCCCUCACUGACCCCACUCCAGCCCCCACUGACCACACUCCAGUCCUCUCCGAGUUCAGCUCCACUCCAGCCCCCACUGACCCCACUCCAGCCCCCACUGAUCCCACUCAAGCCCCCACUGACCCCAAUCAAGCCCCUUCUAUCCGACCCAUCCCUGACCACAGACCACCACUGUAUGACCCCACUCCACCCGCAGCCAAAACCCGUCCCGCCUGGGUCAAAUUUCCACAUCCGCCGGCACUGCGACAAGCGGCAGCUAGCGGUACCGUGCGCACCAGCUGUCUCAGAGCCGUGUACAAUGUGCCAAUACCAGUGUCACCGUCGGUGGAAGAUCACGGCCUUCCUUUUAGCCGCAUGGCAGCUGUGCCGCUGCAGGCGAGACUCUCGGCGCUGCUGGGAGCUCCGACCCAGCCGCUGGUGCUGCUUGGCGUCCAUAGGGGCGAGGAUCACCAGAUGCUGGCCAGCUGCACGUGGCGCGCGCCACUGCUGGAGCGCGUUCUGCUGGAAGGCGAGCAGAGCCGACUGCGAGCGGCGCUCAGCACGCUACAGCUGCGGCCGAACACGCUGGACGCGCUGCCAGAGCUGCUGCGGCUGCCGGCCGCCGCGCUGGUCGAGUGGCGGCGAGUCACGAACCCCCGCAGCGGGCGAGGUCAGGUGCGCGCCGUGCUGCUGACCCUGCUGGCGAUGACGCCGGCCGACACGCCGCCCUCGGCGCUGGGCCUGAGCGCUUCAGCGGCCGCCGAGUGGCGAGCCCGAGCCUGGCCAUGGCGCUUUGCACAGCCUUCGCAAGGCCGGAUCGACUGGAAAGCGAUGCACCUUCAGAACGAGCUGCAGGACGUGUACAAAACGGUGCUGAGCGUGAACGAGGUGCUUGGCCAGCCCCUGCAGCAGCUGGAUGUGGUCGAUACGAUCCACGUGCCGAUGACGAUGCUAUUCGGCUUUGCCAGCUACGGCUACGACCCCGAACCUGAAGAAGAGGUGAUGAGCCUGGUCGAUGCGGUGGCAGACACUGUCGAGGAGGAGGUCUGCUGGUGGCUGGACAACGGACGACAGGACAGCGGCAGUGCAGGUGUUCCUGCAUGGACGCCUCCAUACAGUCGCCCAGGUCCCUCCAGCUCGGAGCACCCGGAUCUGGGGGCAGUCAGAGAGCUCACCGGCCUCAUCAACAAGCUGACCGGCGAGAACGCGCCGCGCCUGCUGGAGAAGAUGCGCCACGUCUCGGUACAAACCGAGUACGGACUGUACGCGCUCGUCGAUGUUGUCUUCCGAGCUGUGCUGAAGAUGCCGCGACUGAUCGACAUUUGCGCUGACGCAUGCGCAGUGCUUGACAAACUCCAGGUGAAGUCAGAUCGCAGAGACGGCACGGCCGUCAGCUUUGGCGACUUCAUGCUGACCCGACUGUCACGUGGCCUCGCGCCCGUCAACCGGAACACACUCUCGCGGGAAGACCUGCUGCAUCACCUGGAGACGGUGGAAGACCCCGCGGAGCGCCGACGCCAGCUGCGGGAGCUGACAGACUGCUGGCGACAGGCCGAGAGGCGGCGCUGCGUCUGCCUGCUGCUGCUGGCAGCGCUCAUCCGCCGAAACCUGGUUCCAGUCCGGGCAGCAGGGAGCUGCUUUGGCGAGCUGGUGUACGAGCUGAGGCCCAAAGGUCACAGGCUUCGCAGUGUGAAGCUGUUCGAUGACGACAACGGCCCGGGGAUGGACGCUGUGAAAGAAGCUGCCGAGGAGAUAAUCGACUUUAUCUCAUCUGUCAAGAAGCAGCCUGCGCAGUGCAAAGCGUACUUACAAGAAGUUUACGACGGAUUCGCGUUGGACGACUCAACAGAGGAUGAGGAUUCCCAGUCUUCUGACGAAGAACCUGAAGUCCGUGGCGCACCUGAGGCGAAUGAUGAAGCACGAAAGACGUCUCUCGGAAGUACGAAGGAGGAUAGUGCACCUGCGGAAGGAGCUGACUUGAGUCACGAGGCUGAGGGGCAAACCGUGAGGCCGUUCAAGGGGUAGCGCUAUCCGUGAUAACGGCAGUGUGAACACACAGAAGUGCCUGAAAUGUGCAUCACUAAGAAAGUGAACACUUUGAGGAUAGCGCGUUCCUUACACGCAAGAGAUCUUAGUCUGCGGCAGAUCCCAAGGCAUCAUUUGCUGUGAAGGUAAAGUACUGCUUUAUGUGGUGUCAAUUAAUUUUUCUCAGAUGAGCGUUGAUAUGCCGGCUUGUGAUACAAGAUAUGAAACGUUGUACUAUGUUAACCCUAUUAGUGGCAGGCUCCUGGCUACCCCCUAUUAGUGGCAGGGGGGGGGGCUGUUUACGACCCCCCCUUGAUAUCUCGAGAUCUAACGGGCCGAUUUUCAAAAUUCAAACGGCAUUCGAUUUCGCUCAACGUGAUCUACAUUUCUAAAAAAUAAAAAUUAAAAAAUGUCAAUAGGGGGGUAGAGGGGGGUAAAAACGGGCAAAUUGCAGAUACAUUUUAGACUGUUUAUCACGGCCAGGUUUCUGAACCAAUCUUAACGCAACUUUUGCCGAUCGAUAGAGAAUGAACCAGGAAUUCACAUGGAUCCUAAGAAUAUGCAUUUUCAAAAAUCAUAGGCGGAUACAGAUCAUUGAGAUUGGGGGUGCACAAAAAGUAUAGUAAAUAAGGUUUUUGUUGGUACUGUUUCUAAAAAGGGUGGUAAUGGUCUUGUUAUGUUACAAUUUUCUUAUGAGAGAACGACUACAAUUGUAUUGGUUAUGCAUAGGCGGUGUCAGGGCACCUAUGUUGGGAGGUAAAACAUAACCCCCCUUUUUGGACGCCUGGAUCCGCCUAUUAUGGCAAAAACGUGUCAAAAGAGGAUGCACAAUAACUGUAUAUGUUAUCACAUGAUACCUUUCAUUCACUGUUCGUAAAACUGGUGCAGCAUCGUGAUCUUCGCCCAAAUGACUCGCUUCACGAAUAGGACCCCCCAAUUCCCAGUGCUCUGGAGCCGCCCCUGGUAAAGUUAUGAACUUGAAAUUUUCAGGGAAUGUGCCCAAUUUAGUUUUAAGAAAAGUCAGAAAAUUUCAGCAUCGUAGGUUCAGCGGUUUCGGAGAUAUUCCCGAAAAACCUGAGGGGUGGAUAAAAACACCCCCCCCCCCCCUGCCACUAAUAGGGUUAAGAGCUUAUGCUCUCUGAACAAGAAAAGAGACAAUGUUUCUUAGAAGUUGGAUGCAGAUGAAAGAUUGAAACAGUCAAAGAUGAGGAGUGAUGCUGAUGGGAGGGGUCGAGGACGAGGAGUUGUUGCGAUGUGAUGUUACCUGAAGAAGUCAUGACUCGUGGAGGGUGGGAGAAAUUCUUCUGACUUCAGCUUUUUAUUUGCUCUGUUGGUGAUGUGCUGUGAUAAUCGACACAAAUGGUGUUAAUUUGUGAGAUUGUUUAUCGUUGCGAAUGACUUAUCAAAGUGUGUGAUAAAUAGUACGAUAUAUAAAGGAAUUUCAUCUGUAUUACAGCACUAUCUAUGUGUAAAUGCUUCUGGUUGUGUUGAGGGUUAUGUUCGUUCUGUUGUGAGGGACGCCCAGUGAUACAUUUUCCAGACGAC